UUGUUUUUGUUGGAAAGUUAAUAUUAUUUUGAGAAGGUGUAGCGCGCACAACAGUGUGCAUGCAUCACCAAUACCACUACAUCAGAUCCAGCAACGAACGAGCGCUAUAUAAAUGGCGGCGGAAGGGUUGAAGAAGCCUGUGAAGAAGGAAACCAUGACGACAGAACUCAUCCACGUCGCACUCGUUGGCGACAAAGGAGUUGGGAAAAGUUUACUGGCCAGGGCCAGGGCCUGCGGGACGAAGUACACCCUAAAGGAAAUGUUCCAACUGCACAUCAGCCAGGUGUGGACCUACGACAACUACAGGACCUCUCCCGAAGUCAGAGAAAGGUCUCUUUGUCACGUCGAUGGGGUGAACUGCACUUUGAAAAUUUUCGACACGUUCGGAAACAGAGAUGUAAAACGAGAGAAUGUUUAUUCGUUAGCCGACGCCAUCGUCAUAUGUUUCUCGGUGAGUGACAAGCGAUCUCUUCAGAGCGUCACGAAGCAUUGGAUCAAUGAAAUCAGAUUCAGUUGCCCCGCAGUCCCAAUUAUCUUGUGCGCCUGCAAGAUUGAUCUCAGGUACAUUUACAAGGAUCCUAAAUUCCUGGAACUUCAAAAGUUUUCUUUCUCACAUCAGAUGCAGAAGGAGAACCUUAUCUACCCAGAAUCCGGCAAAGAAGUUGCGAAAGAGAUCAAAGCUUACUACUACGAAACAAGCUCCAUGGUUUCUUACGGGGUGGACGAUUUAUUCAACAACGCCAUCAGGGCCGUUCUAGUGGCAAAACGUCGAAGUUCAUUCGCUUUUCGCUCCUUCAAAAACGUUUCAAUCCCGCACGUUCAAGUUCCACACGCUCCCCCCAAACCUACCACUCCAAAAAUUGUUUGCGAGAAAAAUGAAAAUUCAAACUGGCUGGAGAAAGGUCGGAAAAAGUGGUUAUUUGACGGAGAAUUCAGCGACGCAACAUUAAUUGUGGGCAACCAAACUUUUGAAAUCCACAGAGUAUUUCUAGCUGCGGCCUCGCCGUUGUUUGAAAAUAUUUUUCUUAGCGAA